AUGCGUUCCUCAGUUCUCCUUACACUCGCUCUCCAAGCUACUAAUGUAGUCUCUCAUUCACCCAAUUCCUAUUCUUUCGAUCCAUUGGAGCAUCUUGCUGGAACCGCACCACCAUUCGAUCCUCAGGAUCCCCCUACUGAUCCUGCUCCUCCUCAAGGAUGCAACGUAACUCGAGCUGCAUAUCUUGUUCGCCAUGCUGCAAUCUAUGCCAAUGACUUCGACUACGAAGAGUACAUUGAGCCUUUUGUACAGAAGCUCGCAAACAUAUCUGUAGACUGGGCGAGCAUUCCAAGUCUUUCCUUCCUCUCAACAUGGCAAGCUCCUAUUACCGAUCCCGAAAUCGAGAUGUUGACCAGAUCGGGUAAAUUGGAGGCCACAAACUUGGGUGUGGACAUCGCGCAGAGAUAUCAAAGCCUGAGAACUCCAAAUAAAAUAUGGACGUCCACCGCAGAAAGAACCGUGAAGACUGCGCAAUCUUUCUCCAAUGGUCUUGCAGACGAUGCCUCGGAUAUUGAGAUUGUCCAAGUAUACGAAGGAAAGAACUCGAGCGCUAAUUCCUUGACUCCAUACAAGGCCUGCCCGGCAUACAGUUCCUCAGGUGGAAGCGAGGAAUCUGGCGAGUUUCAAGAAAUCUACACCAAACCCGUCACCGCGCGUUUCAACAGCUUGGCUCCCGCUUUCAACUUCACAUCCAACGAUGUUUACGGCAUGUCCCUUCUCUGCGGCUACGAAACCGUGAUCCGCGGCUCCUCUCCCUUCUGCGACCUCUCCGUCCUUUCCCCUACCGACUGGCUCGGAUUCGAAUACACAAACGAUAUCCAAUACUUCUACAACACCGGGUACGGACACGAAGCCUCGGGCGCCAUUGGAUUCCCCUGGGUCAACGCCACCUUCCACACGCUCAUGACGGAACAAAACAACGCCUCCAACGCCACCACAGACCAAGAUCUCUACAUCUCCUUCACCCAUCGCGAACUCCCGCCCACCGUCAUCGUCGCCCUCGGUCUCUUCAACAACUCCGCCUACUCCGGCGCCAACAAUAUCAACACCACCAUGCCCCUCCACACCAUCAACUACAACCGCGCCUGGAAAUCCAGCGCCAUCCUCCCCUUCCUCACCAACGUCGCCAUCGAAAAAAUGGAAUGCGAUAGCUUUGGCUACGACGCCGGUACCUACUACAGAGUCUUGGUGAACAAUAGUCCGCAGGAUUUGGUGACUUGUUCCGGGGGCCCAGGAACAAGUUGCAAGGAGGAAGAUGUGCAGGACUGGUUGGGCGAGAGAGCCGAAGUCGUAGGCUCUUUUGUGGAUGUGUGUGGUGUGCAAUAUGAUAAUGGGACGGAUGUUUUCAGUAUUUAUUAA